CUCUUAUAACUUUUUUUCCCCUUUUCUCUUAUUCUUGAACUGCAUCUUUCUCAUCUGUCUGAUCUGCCCGAGUCCGGUGUGUUCAGUUACUAAGUUGUCUUCAUAACUCUGGAUCCAUCUCCCCCUUCCCUUUUCUUCCCUGAACUUUAAACUUGUGUGGAGAGCUACACCUUACUCUCUAUUUUUUAAUGCCUCAGUUCAAAUUGAUGCUGAUUUAAAAACUGAGUAUAUAUAUUCCCCCUCCCCCUAGGCUGUCCUUUUGAAUUUUUUUUUCUUGUUCUGCUGAAAGUAAUAUUUUCUGUCGUGCAGUAUCUUUUUCUUCGUUCCUUUUUUUUCUUAGCCUCAUUAAGUUUGCAGCAUCUUCCUGUGUUUUCAAAACACGUACUUCUGUUCCCAGAAUUGUGGUCUGUGCUUUGGUGGAUAUUUAAUUACAUGCCUUUGCUACAAUUUUGUUGAUUGAAGCUAUUUUAAAUACAGCUACAAUCUGUCAUCUUUCACUGAAGUUCCUAACAGAAAAUAGCAUAUUGCAUACCUCUAAAUAUUCCAUUCUGCUCUCGUUGUACCUCUUUCGCUUCCUUACACUCCUACCCGUAUUUUUCCUCAACUUGAUUUUACUCGUGUCUUAUCUCAAACUUCAUUUUACAUUUGUUUUGUGUGUGAAUGUGCCUUGGCAUAAAGGCCAACACUUCACCCUGUAAAUCUGAUUUUGACUUUUAAAACCUUUUUGUUGUACUUGCUUAUCUCUAUAUGCUGUUUUGAUGGCUGUCAUCUAUGUGUUCAAGUACUAGGGUGAUAUAUUACAAUAUGUAGUUAUCUUUAUUUCUAGUUAAAAUAGUGAUUGAUUUAUUUAAAGAGUAUACUAUAGUGGAUGAAAUACACAAUGAGGAUAUUUUUUUAGGAAUUAGGAUCUGGAAAGUCUGUCUUAUUUGUGGACCAUGUUUUAGGACAUGAUUUAUUUCACAACCUCAUGAGAGCCUCAGUAAAUCUGCCUUUUCCUGGGCAGAGCUUCUCAAGGUAGAAUUGCACAAGCACAUGCCUGGAAAGCAGUAGAUUGUAAGGGAGAGGAACUGAAAAACUUGAUUGUGAGGUGUCUCACAAAAUUUGAUUUUUGAACGCAGAUCUUAUUUCUCCUAAAAUCAAGGUUCCACUCAGAUUCAAUACUGUCUUGUAUUUGAACUGGUUAGAUGUAUAUAUACAUUAUGCAAUACAUCAUAUCUGUAACAGAAACUCAGUUUUUCAUUUGGAAAGAAAAUGUUGAGAUUUUUAAGGUAAUUAUUAGUUUGCGUGGUUUUUUUCAAUAGCUGUGAAUUGGCCAUUAGGCAAAUGGGCUUUGUGUUUGUGGUGGAUAAUGUUGUUUCUUUCGUCAGUCGCAGUCUUCACCAGUGUGCUUCGUGGUUUUCAACCUGGAGCACCAGCUUUGUAAAACGUGGUGUGUGAAGUGUGCUCUGGUGUUGCUGAGAGGAGGGUGCUUAGGGUUUAGGGAGAACUGAUUGCUUCGUAGCCACAUAUGCUGUAGUGCUAUAGUUUGUCCAGAAGUUAAUGAAAAACUGAGAGUGAUCAUUGUCUGGGAAGGUGGGAUUUUUCUAUCCUGUUACAAAUUUUUUUAAAGUGUUCCUUAGAAUCUCAUAUAGAAAUGUCUUUAUAUCAGUAGAAAAUUAAGGAGCACUGCUGCCCAGCAGGUUACACCAAACUACUAACUAGUGCAAAUUUGACUAUAGUUCCUAUUUCUCCAAACUGCUUCUCAAACCAGCAUAUUUCUUGUCUAGCCUGGAUUAAUUUCAGUCAGGUUGUCUUCAUGCUUGAGCUGGUAUCAUCCAAGUAAUAGAACAGAUGUCAUCAAACUUGACAAGAUGAUUCAUACUGUACUUCCAGUGUAUAACGUUAGCAUCUGUGUCCAUUGUGUUCUCUUCAAAAGACUAAAGGUUGACAGAGAGACCUUAAAUGAAAAUUGAUUCUCUGAGCCUUCAUCGGUGAGAAGGCUGAUGAUAAAGCUAUAGUUUCUUCUCUGUAUUGUAAGUACAUCCCCUUAAGAUGGAUUCACAUCACUUGUAGCAUUUCACUUUGGCCUUUUUUUUCUCUUUCUUAACCUGCUUUUUAACAUUGAGCCAUACUUAAUGGUGCAGAGAAAUCCAGUCAAACAAAAAAUGGUCUCUUCUCUGUCUGCUAGCAUCCUUCAGUAACAGUAGUGCUGAUAUUUUUUUUUUUUUUUUUUUUUUUUCUCCUCCUGGUUAGAAAAUUGAAUUGUGUCAGGUGAGAUAUUUGUGGUGCCUAAAUGAGGUUGAAAGCAGCUCUUGAGUUGUUUCACUUGUUCAGGAAGUAGAUGUUUGAUACUGGGCACAAGUAUAUUCAGUGUGGAUGUACAUAUAUAUCAAUCAGUAUAUUCAGGAUGGAUUUCCUUAAUGUUAUCAACGUACUUUAUGACUAAGGAGCUGAAAUAGGAGAUUGGCUUUUUCAGUCAGAAGACAUUUAUGACUUUCAUGAACCAGGCAGGGCAAAGAUCAGUCAGAUCACCCCACCUGAGACUUCUUGUGAAUGGACUGUCACUUGAAACUGAAUUGCUGUUACUAGCACCUCAGGAACUUGGGGUUUUUGGUUGGUUAGUUGGGUUUUUUUAUUUGGUGGUUUGGUUUUUUUACCUUGAAAAGUGAAGUGGUUGCACUUUGCAAUGAAUUUGAUUAAAUGAACAGCUCCUAAAGGCAUGCUUUCGUCAAACCAAUUGUAUGCUAUUCUCUGCAGAUCAAUGUCUCUUGUGUCUGGACUAUGACAGGGCAGCAGUCUGGUGGCUGAUUAUACAUUGCACGGAACUGUAUAUGUAUCAGUCCUGUAGAAAUGAUAAAGAUCGGAGUAGCUUUCUGAGCAUUGUGAUAGAAUAGUGUAAUUUAUGAAGGCUAAUAUUUAAAUCUCACCACUGCUGGCAAUGCUGUUCAGAGACAGAAGAGUAAUAAAUACUGAGUUACUUCAGAUCGAAUCCAGUUAGUAGGAUCUUUACUGAUUUGGGGCGAGGAGCAUUAAUUUGUGACACUGUAAUGUGUAAACAUUUAUGAAUCAUUUAUGGUGAGUUUUGUUAAGAUGGGCUGUGAGGCAACCUAACAUGUUGCUGCUGAAAGUAGUCACCUUGCUCUCACCAACCACCACCUUUGUCUUAGCUAGACACUUAUUUUACUUCUUGCUUUAGUAAGUUAAAUCAGCUUAACCAGAAAGCAAGUACUUGCUUUCUUUUGACACUGGCUCAGGCAGAUAAAUCCACCCACAAGGAGGGUGGUAGAGCCAGCAAAAGACAGGUAGUAGAAGUGCAAGGGCAACAUCUGGAACAAAGUAGGAAAGGGUUACUAUGACUUUCUUCAGCAACUGUAAAGGGCUAAGUUGGGUGCUCAACUGUCUAAUGGAAUUUCACCUUUCAGGAAGCCCAGUAAUGCUGACAAGUUAUUUUGCAUGUGUUUUUUUUCCAGUUGCUUGAUCACCAAAUACCAGUAUUCCAUUUGGUUUUGAGGAACUGGAUCUUUAUCACUCAUUAAAUUACUAAAGACAAGAUAUGUAACAAAAAGGCUGGCACCAUGCCUUUUUUUGUUAUUCCAAAAUUAUAACUUCAAUUUCUGUUUGUUGGCUGAAGUAACGUUAGGUCACAAGGAAUUCAGCAAUGCACUUGGACUUACCAGGUGGAGAAGGUGAAGUGUAUCCCAGUAAAUGCCAUUAUAUGUAAGCAGCUCUACUAUAAUCUUAAUGUUGAAAACCCACUCCAAAGACUUUGGAGAUUAAUGAUAGCACAUUUCUGAAAGAGCAUGUACCUCAUUGCUAAAUGUCAUAUAGAAUUGCUUUUCAAAUUUAUUGGUUCCUCUAUGUUUCAUGACAGCAAUGACUGCAGGCAUUUUUUGAUAUCAAGCAGACAUCAGCUUAGAUGUAUGCUAGAGCUGAAGUUUGUACAACUGCAAAUAACUAACUCUUUUUCUGGUUUCGCCAUUUUCCAGCAAAAUGUGACUAACUAGAUUAUUUACUUUGCAUGUUCUGCCUCGUCAAUCAUGAAAGUGCAUUUGUUUCUCCAGUAAAGAGCAUCAUCUGAGCACUGACUCUCCAUCAAGCUGGACAGUGCUUUUUUGAGCAGUAGGUUACAACCUUGAAGUCACGUGUAACGAGUUACGGCAAAAAGCUUUUAAUAUUGUCUGCGGUAGGCUGAGAAAUUUCAAAGUGUUGUUACAGAAAAGGAAUUCCUAUUGCAACAAAAAUACUAUCCCAUUUUUUCAGGUCUGUUUAUUACUAACCAGUUUUUUUCAAAUGCAUAAUCUAUAGCAAAAUUUAAAUAUCAACUGAAAUAGCACCUUUUUUCUUUUCCCUUUUGCAUGUGUUAUGUGUUUAAAAACAACUCGGUAGCAAAUGCCCCUGCAAAGCAGUGAAGUCUGUCUCCAUGCUGGUUCUUGAAUUUUCUGAGUGUUUGUGUGCCAUAUGGUUUUACAAUAAGGAAAACCCCUCGAAAGCAUGUAGGUGGACUAAAAGAGGAGGAACUAAGGUAAAACGAAAGAAAACUAGUAGACCAUUUGCUUCAUUAAAUGCAAAAACCUUAACACGAUACUGGGUAUACCCUAAGCAGGAAAUUUUUAGCUAUGCCAUCAUGGUGCAUUAGAGUCUUUCUUUCAGGUAGUAUUUUCUUAGAAUCAGUUGGAAAACAGAAGUUGCCUGGAAAAGUGAAGAAUAAUAAAUCUUAUUAUUUUGCAUUUAGUAGUUCAUCACUUUCCCUUUUGCUUUAGUCCUUUCUUUAGGAAAUCCAGACCUUUAGAACACUAAUUUCCCUGAACUGUUAUAAAACCUCCAUGUUUCCAAAGCAUAGAAAUGACAUGUUUGUAUUUAUUACAAGCUGUUGAAUGUCACUAUUGAAGGUCAUAUCCAGGUAUGCUAAAUCAUCAACCUGGACCGACAUUUGCAUUCGUUAUUAUUUUGACAUACAACAAUUUCAGUGCAAUAAUAGCUGUUAGUCUCUCUGGAUCAUCCGGGUUCUUCUUCUGUUAUUUGGUGGAUGUAUUGCUGCUGUUCUUACAUUCUAAAGUGAAUCCUGCCCAGUGUGGCUUUCCUUCCUGAUUCAGAAUUAAUGGUGAGGAGAGGAAAUAAAUGUACUGACCUCUGAGACUUUUUUUUUUUCCCCCUCAUUUCUGAAAAGUUCUACAAUACCUUUUGGUGUGGCAUCCUAGCCUGAGAAAGUUUGUCAGCAUUGUCCUGAAAGCAUUGUCAGAUGUGUCAGGAGUUAGACACCAGAAACAUGCUUGAAUUGGUAUUGGAGAAGUUCACUUCCAUUAGCAGCAGCGCAAAUUUACAUCUGGGAGAAGUGAGUAGUAAGCAAGAGUGUAGCUACAAUAGUACCAAGACUGGAGAAGUCCAUUCCUUUCCUGUGCCAGUGCUGACAUUGGCAAUUUGGAGAAAGGAGGCAUGUUGCUAAGGAACGAAUGAAGACAAUUUUAAAGAAGGACCCUGGGCACCUGUUGACAAAAGCAAAGCAGAGGAAAAAGCGAAAAAGAAACAAGAAAAUGAAAGGCAAUCAUACAGAAAUUACGAAGAAAAUAGUAGACGGAGCAGCUCAUCAUCCAAUUCCAGGUGACCAGGACACAUCAGAAAGUGAAGGGGAUGAUUCAGAAGAAGAAAACAGCAAAUCGUUGUGUACAUUUAGUGAAGGUCCAGAGGAUCCAGUAACAGUUUGUGAAGAGCAGCCUAAUGGUGAUGAUGAAAGCCUAAAAGAAGCUGCACUGGCUUCAAGAGAAAGGUUUCCUGUCGCUGUGUCCGAGGUCUCAACAAUGUCAAACAGUGCAUUGAAAAAUGAAUUGCCUGUAGAAAGCGACAGUUUACUUCUAAUAGAUGUAAAACCUUUUUCUACUGAAAACUUAACCAAAAAUGCAUUGGAUAAUGAGGAAACAAAUCAAAGGCAGAAAGAAAAUCUUUGUUGCCUAAAAAUAAGCAAUGAUGAAAAUUCCAUCCAGGUAACAGAAGCCAUCUCUGAAGAUUAUAACACACCACUAAGCAAAGAAAACAAACUUGGAUCGUGUCAAAUUACAUGUGAACCUGACAUGGAAGCUAAGCUGUUAAGUUUAAAUGGUGAAGACAAAGAAAUCUCCCAGUGCUACAAUUCCAACGUACAUGAUAAUGUGCCUGAAAGUAACACAGAGGACAAAGGUGCAUUAAAAGCAGAAGAGAAUAGCUCUAAUGCCUGGGCUUUUUUUUCAGUUGAUUUACCUACUGAGGAAUUGCAGCUGGGCUUUGAUACACAAGUUUCUCUCUCUUCUUGGUCUGAGGAUAAAUUUGUAGGUGAACAAAGACCCCCCAAAAUUAAACCUAAACAGACUCAGGUGAACAGUUCAACGCAGCUAAACUGCUGUCAGUCAAAUGGAGGAUUGGUGAAGGAAAACCAUCAGGUAACAGUAACUGAGGAGGCUGGCAAUGUAAUAAGCAAAGGUCUGUUGGCAUCUCCAGCUGGUGAAGUGCACUUUGAUUCCCUUGUGGAAGCCGGGGCCACCUUCAUGCAGCGUUCAGGUGAAGUAACUGUUCCAAGAAAUGAUGCUGCACCAGUUACAUUGAAGAGGAAAAGAUACAGAAGAAUUGUCAACUUGGCACCAAAGUUUAAUCUACCAAGACAGAUUGCUGGCAGUACAGAGGGAAGGAAGGAAAUCCCAAUAAAAGAUGAUGUUCCCCCAAAAGGUGUUUUGGAAGUGGGGCAAAAGAGCUUUCUAAGCGAGGACCGUGGAGAGGAACGUGAACAGGACCGUGCAUUGCAGGAAUAUUCUGCACCUUACAGUGGCACCGAGGCAGCCUAUUCCUUACCCGCCCUGGAUGCAGAUGUUCUGUUAAAUGAUAUUUCUUACAUUCAUUCGGGACUAUCUUCUCCUAUGCCAGAAUAUUCCUGCGGGGUUUGUGUAGUUUCCGGGAUGAAGGAGGAGCAAGCUAGAACUCUUAAGCAACAACAGGUAGUUGAAAAAAAUGAGGGCGAGAGUGAACAAGUUUCUUCAGAGGUUACAAGUAGCCAACCAGAUAUUUUGUCUUCUGUUGAAGUUGUUUCUGAAUAUCCAGAAGGUUCUAGCCUAUUGGCAAGCUGCGGUGAAAAUGUGCACGAAGCAGAUGACCCUGAACCAGCAGAGGCCUCACAGCUUGAAGAUAAUCAAGAUGUGAAUAUGAAAUCUAGUUUUCUGGGACUUCCCUUAUCAUUAGGAUUUGCUUUUCAACUUGUGCAGCUCUUUGGCGCUCCAGGUCUUCCACUAGAAUCCUUGUUGCCAGACGAUUAUAUAGUUCCUCUUGACUGGAAAGUUUCAAAGAUGAUCUAUUUACUGUGGAAGACCUCUGUGGAGGAAAAACAGAAAACAAAUGGAUUGCAGAACAGAAAUGCCUUGGCUGACAAUAUUAAUAGUCUUGAAGAUGUAAAUAAAAAUCACCAAGAGAAUCAAGGCUCUUCUGAAACACUUCCAGAAAUGGAGCUAUUUCAAGGGGUGAUAGAGGAUAACAUCAUGACCUACACUAGCACUGGCUGGCUGGAUGCUGUGUUUCAUCAAUCAUGACCGACUAUCUUAAAUUCUGCAUGAAGGAAAAGAAACUUCUCGCUUUGAUUCCACCAUGGAAGGACUUCAGUUGGCCAACAAGGAUUUUAAAUGUGAGGAAUAACCUGGAAGAGAGUAACCGCUGUAGAUUUUUGGUGUGAAUCUUUGGCCAUCUCCCCCCCUCCCCCCCCAGCCCCCCGAUAUCAACCUCUCUGUCCAUGUAAUAAAACUCAAAAUUGAGAUAA